GAAUGUUCCUAUAGACAGAAAGUCAACGCAAGUGAAAGAGAGUUGGCAGCAACUAACGAAAUUAUCAAUUGAAAUCCACAACUGCACAUGCGUUCCAAUUGUGGCGAAUUGCCGCUUAAACCGCCGCGACGCCAAAAGCUGCCGCAACCAGAGAAUCAAGCGGAUCAAGCUACGGGUGACGGUGCGACAGAGAAGGAGCAACUGUUGCCACUCAAUCUAUCCGCGAGCAGCAGCAUGUACUCAAAUCUGCGAUAUGCCCGCACAAAUCUCAGCCACAGCAGCCUGCUGCUCAGCAGCCACCAGCAAAGCUCUUUCGAUGGCAGUGUUCCCACAUCCACAGAGAGAACUGAGAGCAGCGAGACGCUAGACACGCCGCUAUCAACCCGGGAACGUGAGCGGGAACGUGAGCGGGAACGUGAGCGCGAACGUGACAGAGAAGGAGAGCCAGAGAGUGCAAUCUCUCUGCCAGCACAGUCACUGCCACUGUCACAGCCACAGCCAUUGGCGUCCAACCGCCCGUUGUUGCCUCCGGCUGCAUGCAGACGCUAUGGGCUGGCGAGUGCGCUGCAUGCCACAGCUAAGUUGGCUGCCAGUGUGGAUGCCUACACGGCGGCGGCAACAGCCAAUGCUGCCACCUCGGGGCAUUGCCAUGGCGACCACAUCCUCUGCGACACGUAUCGACCAUACAGAUUGAGCCAACAUCACCAGCCACACCACCAGCAGAGCAACAAUCUCAGUCGUUACACCCACUCGGUGCCGAGCAGCAACGUCGGUUCGACGCGUUAUUUAAACUACAGCAAUUUGAAUUCGAAUUCGCCGCACGCGAGCUCGAGACGCUUCAACGCGCAGCAUUCGCAAUCUUCGCAGCAGCCGUCGCAUUCGCCGCCACCGCCGCCGCAACCGCCUCUGCCACCGCAGUUUCCAUUGCCAGGGUCAGGGGUGGGCUCACCACCUUACAUACCUCGACGCACCACCAGGAGCAGCAUGUCGCAGUCCGGCGAGGAUCUACACUCGCCCACCUACUUGUCCUGGCGCAAGUUGCAGCUCAGUCGUGCCAAACUGAAGGCGUCCAGCAAGACGUCCGCUCUCCUAUCCGGUUUUGCUAUGGUUGCCAUGGUGGAGGUGCAACUGGACAGCAACACAAAAGUGCCACCCGGAAUGCUGGUGGCCUUUGCCAUUUGCACCACAUUGCUGGUGGCGGUGCACAUGUUGGCCCUGAUGAUAAGCACCUGUAUUCUGCCUAACAUUGAGACGGUCUGCAAUCUGCACAGCAUCUCCCUGGUCCACGAAUCGCCGCACGAACGCCUCCAUUGGUACAUCGAGACGGCAUGGGCAUUCUCCACAUUGCUGGGCCUCAUCCUGUUCCUCGUCGAGAUUGCGAUACUGUGCUGGGUGAAGUUCUAUGAUCUGAGCACGACGGCUGCCUGGUCGGCAGUCGUUGUUCUCAUACCCGUGAUGAUCAUCUUUCUGGCCUUUGCCGUGCACUUUUAUCGCUCGCUGGUGACGCACAAGUACGAGGUGACCAUAUCGGGUAUACGGGAACUGGAGAUGCUCAAGGAACAGAUGGAACAGGAUCAUCUCGAGGUGCACAACAAUUCACGCAAUAACGGAUUCAAUUAUGGUGCUUCCGGCGAUAUCGUAUAGCCUUCCCUGAAAUCGAGAAUUCUUCCCUCAACACGGCAAAAAUAAAAUAAAAUAAAAUAAAAUAGGAAAUCUAUGUAAAGAUAAAAGACAUAACGGUCAAGCGCCCAUCCUUGUUAGGGGCGUGGCCGAGACGUUAAUCUUUAGACUACAAAUCGGUUCAGAUGUGAAUUUGUAGUAAAAUAUAAAUUGUGAUACGCAUAAGGCAAUAUAUAUAUAUAUACUAUAAUUACAUUUUUUUUUACAACUUUAUAUAUUAUACGAAUUACGAAUAACGAUAGACGAUAUAAUGAUAUGAUAGAUAAAUACGUUCAUAUUGGAUCCAUUUGUACUAUGCGGGGAUCGAGUCCUUGUAAUCUAUAUUUAUUGGUAGUCCUAUAUUUGUAAGCGAUAUCUCGCUAUAAUUUUACAUACUUAAUUAAAGCAAAGGUUUUAUUUUCCAAGACAUACA